AUGCUAGUUUCGAAUCAGGCCUUGCAUGGUGUAUUCACUAACGGAUCAAAUACAAUGAUGAUUUCAUUUGUAUAUGCUAAAUGUACAGCCUUAGAGAGAAGAUCCCUUUGGGAGGAUUUGGAGAGUAUUACGGUUAAUGGUUUACCUUGGAUCGUAGCAGGAGAUUUUAAUAUAAUUAGGAAUGAUCUGGAGCGACGAGGUGGGAAACCACGUCCUAUGGUGGCAAUGGAUGAUUUCAAUAAUUGUAUUGAUAGAUGUGGGCUACUAGAGUUAUCUUCAGAAAGAAGACAACUUACUUGGUGCAAUGGUCAGGAUGGAAAUGCUAGGAGCUGGGCUUGA